AUGGCGGUGAUCGAGGAUUUCAAGCUCGAGGCGGGCGUCAAAAUCAAUGGGAGCACAGCGCCCGAAUAUGAUGAUCCUGACGGGGGGGAGGGAGACGGGGAGUUUCCUAUCCGUUGUAACAAGUACAUCGAGUGUAUCGAUGGCGCCGAGUUCUCGAUCUCUGCAGGCUUGACUGGCGAGUAUUCUUGGCUGAAUCAGGGAGCAGACCAUGGUCUCGUUUUCCACCUUUCUGCCGAUGGCAAAUAUGUUACAAACAAGAUUUGCGGGCGAAAGGCUGUUUUGCAAAACACCUGGUCGACCGAAUUUAGAGGCCAUGUGAAGCACAGCGAACACGGUCCCUCGCUGCUUUGUAAAUUCAAAUUUGCGCCUUUACACAAGGUGGACGACACUGACAAGAGUCGCGUGAAGCAAGAUAUCAAGCGUGCCAAGCAUCUAGGCUUGAUCGAGGUCAAGAUCAGUAGAAUUGAAGUGGGCGAAACGCUUCCAAAGCUCUUCGCUCAAGACAAACAAAUUGCGGAGUUCUCGAUCGCCGAAAAAGCACUGAAAGGCCGCGCUGUCUCACACGGAACAAGCUACUCUGAAGCAGUCCCGACGGAGAAGUCGAGGACGGUAGAUUGCGUCUAUAUUGACAAUGACCCUAUCGCAAUUUUUACUUUCAAAUAUCGAUCACGGGAGGCUCUGAAGGAAGAAAUGAUCAUCCCUCGAUCUCCAAGUCCAGACCUUCAGCUUAAUGGGCUCGCUGCCGAUGAGAUCGCCCGCCUAGCAAAAGAAAGAUUGGCUCAGAUCAAGGACGAGAGAUCAUCGAAGCGCCGAAGAUCGGUCAAGAGUGAACACGACCAGUCGUAUGAUUUGACGGGCGAUGCCGGGCCCAGUCGGCCAUUGAAGAUCUCAAAGCGUGAUGGUGGCAGAGAUCUAAUUGAUCUCACGGAUGACUAA